GGACGUCGGCGGGACCGGGACCGGGACCAGGACCAGGACCAGGACGGACGGACGGACGGAGGGAGGGAGAAGGUUCGAGUGACCAACGGCCCAAAGCCGGCAGGUUACAGCAUCGCCGGAGGAGGAGGGAGAGAGAGAGCGAUCGCGGCCACCGCCACCCAGGAAGCGGAGAGUGUAGGCCUGAGGCCCUCUGAGGGAGCGCCGCAGUGAGAGCAGCCGCCGUCGCCGAGUGUGGGGCCGCUCAAUGCCAUGUGAUGUGGAGCUUCAUCCGGGCAAUCCUUCGAUCGAGCCCUCAAGAAAGGGUCUGGGACGUGCAGUGGCAGCAUUUCAGCUGACAUAGAGACUGGAACAGAGGGGGGCUGCAGCGGUGGGGCCGUAGAUUGGUGCGACACAGGGACAAAUGGAAAGAACGGAGAAGAAAUACCUCAACGCGGAGCGUGAGGAUGAGAUGGAAGUGGUGGGUUACCAGCCAUGCUGGUGGAAGCUGGGCCUGGUUGGUGUAGGAACAGUGUGCAGUGGCGGGCUGCUGCUCCUCGUUCUCUACUGGAUGCCUGAGUGGAGCGUCAAGUGGAUGUGCAGGGAAGUCUCGCUCCGAGAUGCUACAGUUCUGCUGCUUUGGACCACGGAUGAGUUCCGCACGUGCUUCAGGGUCAGGGUGCAGUUCAUGGAGGCUCCGGGCUACGAUCCCCUGGGAGCGCUGUUCCCCAGCCGUGAUGAGGAACCUGUGUGCAGUGCAGCUUCUGUCAUGAUUGAGCCCUCGGAGUGUGAAAAGGACCUGCUGCGCGAGACUCCAGACGUGGAAAGAGUUCAGAUCCGUUAUUUCGUCCAUCAAAACAUCAAGUACAUGUGGAGCCCGCGUGGGCAGGCGUUCCAGAGACUGGCAGCGCUGGAGGAGGGAAUCCUGUGCUCAGCACUCCAAGCGUGUCAAAGUGCCACUCUGCCCACAACCAGCAAAGACUAUCGGAAGCUCUUCUAUGGUGAGAAUCAGAUUGACGUGAAAGUGCCUUCAAUCCCUCGACUCCUGAUAAAGGAGGUGUUGAAUCCAUUCUACAUUUUCCAAGUCUUCAGUGUGAUUCUCUGGUCCUUUGAUGAUUAUUACCUGUACGCGUCUGCCAUUGUCUUCAUGUCUGUCGUCUCCAUCUGUACCUCCCUAUACACUGUGAGAAAGCAAUACGUCCUCCUCCACGACAUGGUGGCUGCCCACAACGUGGUUCGAGUGAGGGUUUACCGCAGCAACAACACAACGGAGGAAAUCUUCUCCACCGACCUGGUACCCGGCGAUGUCAUCGUCAUCCCGAUCAAUGGCAUGAUAAUGCCGUGUGACGCCGUACUGAUCAGCGGAACGUGUGUGGUCAACGAGAGCUUGUUAACGGGGGAAAGUGUGCCCAUCCUGAAAACCAACCUCCCGGUCCCUUCCCAGUGCAAUGGGACGGCGCAGGAAGAGGAGGAGGAAGAGGUAUACAGUCCAGAGAACCACAAGCGCCAUACUCUCUUCUGCGGCACGGCGGUCAUCCAGACGCGGUUUUACAGGGGUGAGCCGGUGAAAGCUGUCGUUGUCCGUACAGGCUUUUACACCUCGAAAGGGCAGCUGGUUUGCUCGAUCCUUUACCCGAAGCCCACCGACUUCAAGCUGUACCGCGAUGCAUAUCGGUUCCUGCUCUGCCUGGUGUGCCUGGCUGGGGUCGGCAUGGUCUACAGCAUAGUCAGCAGUGCCCUGAACGGGGAGGUGGCUCAGCGUAUCGUCAUCGAGGCGCUGGACAUCAUCACGAUCACCGUGCCGCCCGCCCUCCCCGCUGCCAUGACGGCUGGCAUCGUCUACGCUCAGCAUCGCCUCAAGAAGAAGGGCAUCUACUCUAUCAGCCCGCAGCGCAUCAAUGUGUGUGGGCAGCUCAAUCUGGUCUGCUUUGACAAGACAGGGACGCUGACCGAGGAUGGUCUGGACAUGUGGGGUUUUCUCCGUGCUCAGGAUGGAAGGUUUCUCUCCCUGGAACGCGACGUCUCUGGCCAGAAUCUCUCUCGGUCGCACUUCAUUGCUGCCAUGGCGACCUGCCACUCACUGACUAACAUCGAGGGGAAGAUUUCUGGGGACCCACUAGACUGCAAGAUGUUUGAGGCGACGGGCUGGGUCCUGGAGGAGCCCACCGCUGAGGAGACAGCCCUGCACGACCAGAUCAUGCCCACUGUUGUACAUCCCCCACGGCAGACUACCUCUGCGACACCCAGCUGUGGGGAUGCUGACAUGGAGCUACAGGAGCUGAUGAAUUGCUAUGAGAUCGGCAUCAUCAGCCAGUUUCCCUUCUCCUCAGCGUUACAGCGCAUGAGUGUGAUAACGCGGACUCUGGGCGAGAGGCGCCUAGCAGCCUACAUGAAGGGGGCGCCGGAGACGGUGGCCAGCCUGUGCAAGAAAGAAACGGUUCCAGAGAAUUUUUCGGAGGUCUUGGAGAAGUACACUCAGCAGGGCCUGAGGGUGAUCGCCGUGGCCCACCGCAAGCUGGAAGCGAAGCUGACUUGGCACAAGGUGCAGAACGUCAACAGGGCUGUGAUCGAGGGCAACAUGGAAUUCCUUGGACUGAUCAUGAUGCAGAACAAGCUGAAGCCGCGCUCUAUUCCCAUCCUCAGUGAGCUCCAAAAAGCCUGUAUCCGUGCAGUGAUGGUGACCGGGGAUAACAUGCUGACAGCGGUCUCUGUGGCCCGUGAAUGUGGGAUGAUCCCGCCGAACGGGAAGGUGAUAGUCACGGAAGCGUUGCCACCAAAGAAUGGCCAGUCUGCCACAAUCCACUGGCAGUAUGCUGAGGACCCGAGCGUGUGGAAGAAGCCGGUGACGAAUGAAACCAAGGAUUUCCAUAUAAACAUAGAGAAUCACCGUCUGAAAGAAGGGCCCCAGUCGCCUGAAAUCUCCUACCAUUUCGCCAUGAGCGGGAAGUCCUUCUCUGUGAUCGCAGAACACUUCCCGGACUUGCUUCCCAAGCUGCUCCUGUGUGGCACGGUUUAUGCUCGUAUGGCUCCAGAUCAGAAAACUCAGCUGGUGGAGGCCCUUCAGAAAGUGGACUAUUAUGUCGGAAUGUGUGGCGAUGGUGCUAAUGAUUGUGGGGCGCUGAAGCGAGCUCACGCCGGGAUCUCCCUCUCGGAGCUCGAGGCUUCCGUGGCGUCACCUUUCACCUCAAAGACUCCGGACAUUUCCUGCGUGCCGGAUCUCAUCAGGGAGGGUCGGGCAGCCCUGGUCACCUCGUUCUGCGUGUUCAAAUUCAUGGCUUUGUACAGCAUCAUCCAGUAUCUCUCCGUCUUGCUGCUUUAUUCUGUCCUGAGUAACCUGGGAGAUGUGCAGUAUCUGUUCAUCGACUUGGCCAUCAUCAUGUCCAUUGCUUUUACAAUGAGCCUGAAUUCAUCCUGGAAGGAGCUGGUCCCACGCAAGCCACCGUCCAGCCUGAUCUCAGUGCCGAUGCUGCUGUCCGUGUCGAUGCAGAUCCUCCUCUCGUCGGCCUUUCAGGUCACGGCCUUCCUGCUGGUUAAGGAACAGCCCUGGUACGAGACGUGGACCCCCUCCUCAAAUGUUUGUAAUGGGAUCCAGGGGAACACCAACGUUUCACUUCACAAUGAGUCUGAAGUGGAUGAGCACAAUAUCUCGAAUUAUGAAAAUACGACACUUUUUUUUGUCUCCUGUUGCCAGUAUCUGGCAGUUGCUUUUGUGUUCUCGAAGGGACGACCCUUCAGGCAGCCUGUCUACAGAAACUAUUUAUUUAUGGGUUGUAUUCUGGUCCUUUACGGUUUCAUCAUUCUGAUUAUGAUGUACCCAAUUGACGCGGUUGAUAACUUCUUUCAGCUGGUCUGUGUACCUUCGGAUUGGCGAAAUAAGAUGUUGUUUUUAAUUCUGGCCAACGUAACUCUUUGUAUUCUGGUGGAGAAUGUCUUGUGUGACCACAGCUUCCAGUGGCUAAGGAAUCUCUGCAGUGGAAGCCACCAUGAGCAUCCUGUCCCUCAUACCUACGCACAGGCGGACGUGAGCCCUGCGACACUGAGCUGUGGGAGGAGGCUCUUCCGUCACCGAGGUCGACCCCCCAAGGCCAAGUACAAGCGGCUGGCCCAGGAGCUAUUGGUGGACCCUGACUGGCCGCCCAGACCCAAGACCAGCACCAAGGCGAGGGGCAUCGCUGCCGAGGACGGGGGGCAGGGCUGGAGCCCGGGCAACACCGCCACCCAGUUAUGACUAACCGUCGGGGAAUCGGACUGGCUGAGGCCGCGUGGUUGGGGCUGAUGUUGGUGGUGCAGGGGGCCCAACCAGCAGCUGUGGUGUCAGGAGGGGGGGGGGGGGAAGCAUGCACCGGUUCCUGGCGUUCCAUGCGGGUGAGGUCUCGGACGCCGGGUUACACACACAUACCUGACCCCAUAGGGUGCGGUUCCGGCGAAAGUGUGCGGAGGGGGGGUGGUGGGCAGGGGAGCGAUUUGAAGCCCCUCCCCCUCCCCAUCCCCACCCCCACCGCACCCCGGCAUCGGAACCACCCCUUGGCGUCAAAAUGGCCUACCCGCCCUACCUCAAACGACAAACUGGGCAAUUUGAGGUGGUGAUGUUGGCACACACUGACCCCCCCCACCCUCCCCCACCCCCUCCUCCCCAACCACCCCAACCCCUCCUCCCCAACCACCCCACCCCCUCCUCCGCAACCACCUCACCCCCUCCUCCCCAACCACCACCACCACUGGGAAAACCAUGCACCUGGUCCAUUCAGCAGCCUCCAUGUGUUUUGGGGCAGUUGCUGGAGAGAAGCUGUGUUGUACCGAGCGUCUACCUUGCCCCUGUCGAACCCCCCCCGCCCCCCCGCCGUGACUCUAAGAAACAAAUGGAAAUCACAAAGGGACUUGGUCAUGUGCUCUGAUGUUUGCUUUAAAUUUCGAAAGCGGCCCAAUUUCAUUGCCCCUUUUCUGUUCAGGACGAAGAAACAUCAAAGCACAUGGAGAAAUGUACCAUUAAUUCCAGGAGGGAAAUGGUUGCUGUCUUCAUGAAGUUCAAGCGGUACUGUCGUGGCUUCAGACACAAUUCUCCAUCUCACUCAGGUUCCCCCUCCCCACUCUAACCAGGCUAUGUUUUGUUGGAAGGAAGAGCAUGUUUAAUUUUCUCUCUGUCUCUGUCUGUGUCUCUCACUUGAUGUCUGUCCUCACUUCCUCAACACCUUUUGGGUUCCCUGUCACUCUCCCUCUCUUGCACUCUUCAACCCCACUCCCCUACACUCUCUCUCUCUCUCACUCUCUCUCACUCUCUUUCUCUCUCUUUCUCUCUCUUUUUCUCUCUCUCUCUCUCUCUCUCUCUCUCUCUCUCUCUCUCACACCCUCCAACCCCCAGUUGCCCUGUUCCCCCCUUCCACCAUCGCUUGCACACUCCCCACACACCCCAGAUUGCAACCUGGAUUACAUGUUUGUUCUGUUUCAGCUCUUCUCUCCCUGACCCCCCCCCCCCCCCCCCCAAGUUCAGCAAUUAUACCAGUGGAGGGGUAAGGCUGAACAAGAAUGAAAAGUCAUCCUGGGUUUUGGGGGUGGGGUGUGGUGGGUGGUGGGGUUACAUGUGGAUGUAGUUACUGGGUGAGACGUUAUGGGGAUGAGUGUUAAAGUCUGAUUGAAACUUGGGGCCACACAAUCAACUCUCAUGAGAAAACUCUUCAGUCGCACAGCAAAUGAGGGAUACAUCCAUAAAUUAUUUAUUGCCACAAGUGCAGCAUUUUGGGGAAAACGGGGUUGGGGUUCUUUUUAAAUUAUUCACCGCACAGGUCCUGCUCUGAGAGCGGUCUACUGGUCUCGCAGUUCAGACCAUUGAAAAGCCAGCACCUUCUAAUUGGGGAUAAAAAAUAUAUUAAAGAGGCUUUGCUAUUGAAUAUUUUAAUUAAUAUAAAUUCACAAUAAAAAUAAUGAA